GAUGAGGAACAAUUUGAAUAUACAACUAAUUCUAUGGAGCAUUACAUGUUACUAAACUCUGAUGAAAAGGAAAAUAACAAGGAUACUGAACUUCAACUUGAAAAUCUGAAUAAGGAACAGUCUAAACAAAUAACUCAAAUA